AGUGACGUUUAUCCCUAUUAUAUACCCCUUCUUCCUCUUCCCUUGCUUGCAUAUCACACUAGUCCUCUUCAGGACACAAGGACAAGCCUCUCUUCAAGACCACCGCCGCCACCAUGAGACUUAUCAUCCGUGACGAUGCCGAGGCGUCGAGUGCCUACGUCGCACAGUAUGUCGUCGACCGUAUCAAGGCGUUCAACCCGUCUCCGCAGAACCCCUUCGUGCUGGGCUUGCCCACUGGUUCAAGCCCUCUCAUCGUCUACCGCAUGCUCGUGGAGAAGUACAAGGCUGGUCAUAUCUCCUUUGAGAAUGUCGUCACCUUCAACAUGGACGAGUACGUAGGGAUCCCUCGCGACCAUCCCGAGUCGUACCACUCCUUCAUGUGGAAGCACUUUUUCUCCCACGUCAACAUCCACCCGUCCAACGUGCAUAUCCUCAACGGCAACGCCCCGAACCUCGAGGCGGAAUGCAUUGCCUACGAGGAGGCCAUCAGGGCCGUCGGUGGCAUCGACCUCUUCCUUGCUGGUAUCGGCGAGGACGGCCACAUUGCCUUCAACGAGCCCGGCUCGAGCUUGGCCAGCCGCACGAGGGUGAAGACCCUGGCCUAUGACACAAUUCUGGCCAACUCAAGGUUCUUCGACAACGAUGUCAACAAGGUACCUCGCAUGGCCUUGACCGUUGGCGUGCAGACGGUGCUCGAGGCGCGCGAGGUGGUCGUCAUCAUCCUCGGCCAACGCAAGUCGCUGGCGCUGCAGAGGUGUAUCGAGCAAGGGGUAAACCACAUGUGGACACUGUCGAGCCUACAGCUGCACCCCCAUCCCAUGAUUGUCGUGGAUGAGGAUGCGACCGCAGAGCUGCAAGUCAAGACCGUCAAGUACUUCAAAAGCAUCGAAAAGGUGGCGCUCGAGCAAGGUUUCGAGCAGAUCCUGCCUUCCAAGGUGCGCACCGGCAACGCUGCCAGCGUCCCGAAGACCCAUGUGGAUGAAGUCUCGUCGCCCACAAUCUUGGCACCACAGCCCACAACGUCGCGCUUGCUUCGCGCGACGCCGGCGACCGAGUACCCCGUGCGGUCUGUUUCACCAGAGCUUGUGCCCGACAGGAUGGCAUCGAGGAUACCAGAGCCGGCGCUGAACAACCGGCUGACACCCAACCCUGAUGAGCAGGUGUUGAGGCCGGCGGGCAUUGCUGCUUAGGAGUCGAAGGAGUAGGAGGAUACUGUCCAUAGCGCACAUCAGUCGUUGGAACAUGCUUAAAAAUAGAAAUUGUCAGCAUACUUUUUGUUCAUGUCAGUCGUGGAAAAUUGCCUACAAGACUCCAACAUUCUCAGGCUCUUGCGAGCGAGAGUGGCACGCAUCGCAGAACGAAGCAGUGAAUAAAUCUGCAGUUAGAGAUUCACCAGAAACCAACUAGGCUGCCAUCUUUGCCGGGGUAUAAUCAGUAUACAACACAAUGGCUCCA